UAAAUACAGACCUGAUAUGAAGGGGACCAUUCAAACAAACCACACAGAUAGACUGAGCGAGCGAGCGAGAGCCAGAGAGCGCUUAGCUGCAAGAAGUGCUUCUCCCGGAAAUCGCUUCGUGUUACCAGGUGGUGAAACAGAUCAAUGGGAGCAGGAGGCCGAAUGUCUGCCCUGAAUGGCAAGCAUGAUGAAAUCGACAAUCCCUUCCGACGAGUGCCAUUCGAGAAACCUCAAUUCACACUUAGCCAAAUCAAGCAAGCAAUCCCUCCGCAUUGCUUCAAACGUUCGCUCCUUCGCUCAUUCUCCUAUGUCGUUCAUGACCUCACCUUAUCCUUCAUUUUCUACUAUAUUGCCACCACUUAUUUUCAUCUCCUCCCUCCCCUGCUCACGUACAUUGCCUGGCCAAUUUACUGGAUUUUCCAGGGCUGUAUUCUCACCGGUGUUUGGGUCAUUGCACAUGAAUGUGGUCACCAUGCCUUCAGUGACUACCAGUGGCUUGAUGACACUGUUGGCCUAAUCCUCCACUCUGCUCUUUUAGUUCCAUACUUCUCAUGGAAAAUCAGUCACCGCCGCCACCACUCCAACACUGGAUCGAUUGAGCGCGAUGAAGUAUUUGUCCCCAAAACCAAAUCCUCAAUCUCAUGGUACUCAAAAUAUUUGAACAACCCGUUAGGGAGAUUUCUCACCCUCUUAGUCACAGUCACUCUUGGAUGGCCUUUGUAUUUAGCCUUCAAUGUUUCAGGCAGACCUUAUGAUCGUUUCGCUUGUCACUAUGAUCCUUAUGGCCCUAUUUACUCUCCUCGGGAAAAGCUUCAGAUUUACAUUUCUGAUGCUGGAGUUCUCACCGCAACUUAUGCGCUUUACAGAAUUGCAGCUGCAAAAGGGAUUGCUUGGCUUGUAUGUGUUUACGGAGUGCCGUUGUUGAUUGUGAAUGGUUUCCUGGUAGUGAUCACAUAUCUCCAACACACUCAUCCAGCAUUGCCUCAUUAUGACUCCUCUGAAUGGGAAUGGCUUAAGGGAGCAUUGCUGACUAUGGACAGAGAUUAUGGAUUGUUGAACAAGGUGUUCCAUAACAUUACAGAUACACAUGUGACUCACCAUCUCUUCUCUAUGAUGCCACACUAUCAUGCCAUGGAGGCCACCAAAGCAAUCAAACCACUACUGGGGGAGUACUACAGGCUUGAUAGUACUCCAUUUUACAAGGCAUUGUGGAGGGAGGCAAAAGAGUGUCUUUAUGUUGAACCAGAUGAGGAUUCUCCUUCCAAGGGUGUGUUCUGGUACCAGAACAAGUUUUGAGUCUUUGGUGCUGGCUGAGGUUGCUAAGAGGGUUUGCUUAAGCUGAAGUAUGACCAAGAACAGUGUCUGUAGGGUAUCUAAUUAGAAAAACCAAGUUUCUGUGUCUCUCCUGAAUAAAUCUUGAAAACAAUGGUCUGUUUGUGUUAUUACUGUAUGUAUAAUGGACCUCAGCAACUUAUGUGUUGGUUUAAUCAGACUUAUACUCAUUAAGCACCAGUAUCUACCUAUUUGGUAACUAAUUUGAAAGAGUUGGUGA